AUGUCAUCAUCCGAGAGUGGAUUGUCCGAUACCGAUGACCCUAUGGCUAUGGUUUCUGACGAUGAGAUCGCCCCAAAGCCAGAGAUCUUUACAUCCGACACUGACAGUGAGCCAGACAUGAUACCCGACGACGAGGACGACUUCCAGCCAUUCGCGUUACCUGAUUUUGGAGACGACUUACCGCUUGCUGAUGGUAUCCCAGACGAAGAUCCUUUUGUUAUUCCCAUUCCAGUUCACGAUCAUCUUAUCAUCGAUCACUCCGAUAGUGAGCAUGUCGUGGCACUGAUCCUCGCUCCCGUUCCUCUCAUGGUCAUCCUACCUGAGGAUUGGCCUUUCGAUGAUCUUUUUGACAAUGAUUUUGCUCUGUUUGUUGAUGGUCCUCCCGAUGAUGCCCAUGGUGAUGGAGAGCUCAAUGAGGACGUUGUUGAUAUUCCACUUCUUGGGAUCCCCGUUAUUGAGAUUUCUUCUGAUUCUAGUUUACACUCUGUCUCAGAUUCCUUUGAGUCUGUGACCUCUUCUGCUUUGCAGCCUGUUAAUGCACCCGCUGAUCCUGAGCCGAUACCUGCUCCUGAGCCUUUACCUGAUCUUGACCCUAUUCCAUUUGGAUUACCUGACAUUGCACCCCUCAUACCUGAUCCAGUUCCUGCACCUGUGGAUCCUCCUGUUAUUGAGCCAGUCACUCCUCCACUUACACCCGCACCCGCUGAUGUUGCUCCUUUUCACCCAGUGGAGUCUGAUGUUCACCGUCUUGAUCUCCCUAUCGUUUUCUUGCUGUACAUACCCGCACCCCUUCCAGGGGUGGGCACUUCUGGCCAGCAGCCUAGUCAUGACCCUCAUGUUUCAGCAGCUUUCCCACACAUACCUCAGUCUGUACCUUCUACUCAUUUUACUUCUUCACCACUUGAUGAGCCACUCAGAUGGAUGUUGGAGCUUGAGAUGACACCGCGUCCUUUACCAUAUCCGUGUCAGUCUGCUUUUGUUCCCCCUCGUUCAUCACCGUCCCCGUUUUCGCAUCCUCCUGCACCGCUUACUCCAUUUCCUGAGUUUGAUACUUCAUUUCUUACAGUUGAGCAGCAGAUCAGUUAUCUGUUGCGUCAUGUUUAUCAGCUUGAGGAGGAGCUUGCGCAUGUGCGCAACUUGUUUUUUGUUCCUCCACCACCAUCAGCAUAG